CUGUGUGUGCAUACAUGUAAAGGUAUACGUGUCGCUCACAUGCACAUAUGAACUAUACACGUACCUGUGCACGCGUUUAUUUGCCGUACGCAUGAGCAUGCUCACAAACACGAAACUCUACAUACGAAGGACUGCAUACCAGGCAUACGUGGAAACACCACGUACCUUAAACUGUAUCUAUGGUAGAACAUCAUUAGUUUCCCGUGCCACCCGUCCUCAUGAGAAUUUGGACUAUCACUUCGGUGGACGUCUCCACAGGAACGACUCCGUCUUUUGUCAAAAGUGUCUCCAGUCCCGCGGCGCGCAGCUGUGGCUGGAGGCGCGCAAAUAUUACGUUAUUCUUCUCCCAGAAGCUACACUCCUACCGAAGGUUCUGGAUUUCUUAGCUUCCCGCAGAGAUCAUACGAGGAAGUUUUCGACCUACGCUUACGACGCAGCAGCAGCUGUAGGGGCAGGUCACGGGCCUGCCUGGGCAAGAGGCAGUCUUUUACUUCGGCGUACAGCCGAAACCGAAGCGUCUUCUACAGUCUAUCUUCCAUAUCCCCACAAGAUGGAAACCGAAGAUGCCACAAACGUCAAGUAUUUUCCACGGGCUUUUACAGCGCCCACACCGCCCUGUCCCUCGCUCGUCACCGCUGAAGAUGUCUGUCUGUAUGCGACCUUGAAGCAGGCUCUCCCCACAUGUAGCUCCUCACAUAGAAAGAAUUCCUGUCGAAGAGGGGAUCUGUUGCAGGCGGUUCCAGAUCUACGUGAAGUGAACAACUGCGAGGCAGAUGCCGGAGGAGCAGCCACAGGAUUGAGGAACCAGGCGAAGAAGAAACAAAAGAAACAACACUUCUGCUGCGGUCUCUGCGAUGACUGAGGGAAGUGGGACUUGAAUGCAUAUGUGGAGACCGGUAGGUGCUGUUCCCGAACGGAGGCAUAUAGAUAAGUACAGUAGUGUAGAGAAUAUACGUCCUAGGGAGACACGCAUGCUCGUUCGUAGCUUUAUGCAUGAUUGUACUUCCUCUUUUGAAAUUAUAGGCACGUUUGGAGCUUUGUGCAUGGUCGUAGUUUGUCUUGGAAGCUAAGCAUAUGAUUAAUGGGCCGAGCAGACGUUUCUACGGCAGAUAGAGGGGUGUGUACAGAGCGUACGCACGCGUGUCCGGUAUGCUUGACGAUACACGAGUAUGUUCGGUAACAUCAUCUUUUCGAAACGUAGCGCCCUUCACGAAACAGGGUUCACCAAAUCACGUAGUGGAAGCACGAAAAGGACGGAUGCGGUGUGUAAGGCACACUGCAGCAUUUGCAGCCCACUAUGGUGCUUCAUUUUAUCGAACCGCCGAAGGAGAAAGCCUCGCUUCAGUAAUUGCAUUUCCAUUCUUUUGCUAUGAUACCCUCAACUUCUCUCUCUCUACUCGGAAACGCACCUGGACAUAACAGGCACGCCGUGUGCUCCGGCCGUGCACAUGGUCGUUGUUGGUGCUGCUAUGCUGAUGGCGGGUUGCCCGGCAGCAGGUGGAAGGGGUUGGCAGGACAUAUUCACGUUAACGCCCUUGCGGUCUGUAGCUUUACCUUUCCUACAUAUGUACCGUCGAUAUCUGUGUGGAUGUAGGUUCGUUAGUGCGAGGGGAGUAAAGCCGAAAAGGAAUAAAGAUA